CAGCAGACACAAGAUGGCGUGCUGACGCAAAAUUUAUCCGACCUUGUUUUCACUUGAUUGCGAUAAAAUUACGAUCGUAGCCUCCUUAUGUCGUAGUCUCUUUGUCAUCCAAGCGUCCUGUAAUGUUUCUGUAUACAGACCUUCAUAAAAGGACAUGUCUGAAGAGGUUGCCAUUUCUGAGGUGUCGUCAAAUGGCGCGUCUAUAAGUUCUCCAUCUCAACCAGCACAAAGCCAUCGUGACUCUGGCAUCAGCCAUACCUCCUUAGCAGAAGAAGCUCAAAGACGAACUCAAGCUGCGUCCGUCAACUCCACCUCUGAUUCUCCUCUCCUUCCCACUAUCCCCUCAGUGGCUCCCCCUGUGGACGAUAUAUCCUGGGACUUGGGACACUAUGAAACAGGGGUGGCGAAGAAUCUUCUCAACGACAUUUCCGAGGAGCAAAUGAGCAAACUGGAUGAGGUUCUAUCGUUAGAUGAAGUGCAGGAAUUCUUACAGCAGACAGGUAGUAAUUCGUUCCCUUCUGAGAUGUCCGAGGCCCCGCCUCCUGAUACCGCCUCCGGUCUGUCAGCUGAGGACCAGGCGACGCCCCUUUCUGACGGUGACAAGUUGGCUGGAAAGACGGAACUCUUCUCCUCAACUGGCGAGCCAUUAAAACUUGAGGACUUGGAUUUAGAUGACGAAACUGCCCAUGAAAUCAUAAAGAAAGGUAUUCGUGAGCAGGACGUUGCUAGCAUCGCUGUCUCAUUCAGCGAUCAUGCGUACGCAUUAGCCCCAGACAAGGAAAGCAAAACCACUGGAGCAGUUGCCAUGGCAACACCCCCAUCAACAGCCUCACCUUCCGCAAAGACGACGACAACACCAUUUUCAACCCCUCGCAAGUCGUCACGGAUUGCGAAGCGUAAAGGCAUUCCUUUGGAGGAGAGUGUGAAAUCCGAGGAGGAAACUCGAACUGGAACGGAAGAUGACGGAGGAAAGUCUGCUGAGACUGAGGAAGAGACCAGCCGAACAGAUGAGAGCGAGGAUGGGAGGAAAAGGUUGUCAGAGGAUGAACCGACGAAGGGCAAAGGUCGAGGCAAGAAGAAGGUUCAAGCCGUUCCACGACCAACACGACGCUCAACGCGAAUAAGUGAACAUGAGCAGCGUGAAAUGGCUGAGAAAAUUAGGCAGGAAAAUCUGCGAAAGGAACGAGAAGAAAUGGAUGCCAUGAUGAAGGCGAAAGAGGAGGAAAGGCUUCAAGAAGAGGACAAAAAGGAAAAGGAGAAAAAGGAAAAGGAGAAACAGGAAAAACAGGAACCGGAAAAGGCAUCAGAAUCUGAAGAAAAUGUGGAAGAGGACUCCCAGCAGGAAGUAGAGGAGAUGGAAGGGGUUCUUACCUCAGUUCCCCAAAAGCCUGCUGGUAGGGGGCGCGGCAGAGGACGGAAGGCCGGUGCUAAGGCAGAAGUAAAGCCGGGAGCAAAGGCUGUGGCAAAAGGGGUGCAGAAGCCAAGGGGGCGUGGCCGAGGGCGGGGCAAGAAGGCAGGGACUGAAGAGUCGGAGGCAGCAUCACAGACUCAGAGCAGCAGCACAGAGGACGAGGUCCCACUGCGGACCCUCACCAAGAAGGGUCGUAAGGUGCCCAAAAAGGGAGCAAAGGCUGUUCCUUCAGAGACCCCAGCCCCUGACACCACAGAUGCUAAGAAGAAGGAAGCUGAUGGGCCAGUAGGGUCAGAUGCAGAGGAUAGUGUACCCCUGGGGAAGCUGAAAACUGGCACAACAAAGGUGAGCAAGAAACACUUGAUGGAUUGGUUAAUGUGUUCACGUAUACAUGAAACACAACUGAGAGAGAGAGAGAGAGAGCAAAUUUUUCUGUCAGAAGCAGGGGAAGGGAGAAACCCAGGAUCAAAUCCAGACCCUGGACACAAGUUCAGAAGUGAAGUCCCCAGAGGUCAAAUCAGAUACAAGACUGCAGAGAAAAAAGGCUCUGAGGACCAAAAGGUUAAGGCUGUCGGCAUUCGUCAACGGCGACCUACGGGACGGAAAUCGGAGUCUGAGAUCCAGGCGUUGUCGUUGGCGUCAGACUUGUUCAAACCCGACGCAGUGAUAGUUCAUCAGCAGACAGAUGAAGGGAGACAACCCACUGGAGAGGCAGGAUGUCAAGCUGAUGAGGAGAGUGAUGGAGGACUGAGCUACGAGGAUGAUGAGAAUGACUCGGACUGGGACCCCGGGGAAAAUGCUGAUAAGCUCUGGUGUAUCUGCAAGAAGCCCCACGGAAACAGCGAGGAUAACAAGAAGAGUAACAGGAAACAGUAA